GUUGACUUGACUUUCCGAGAUGGUAUCGUCUUCUCUCUCUCUCUCUCUCUCUCUCACCCCCUUCCAUUGCUAACAUUGCUUCAGGAGCUCCAUUGAAAUGGCGCGGUGGGCCACCGUUAUGCAGCUCUUCUCUCUCGCCACCGGCGUUGGCCCUGUCGUUGAUAAGAUCGCCGAGAAGGCCGUGGAGGGCGGCGUCAACGGCCUGCAGUGGGUCUGGGCCAACCACAAGGCCCUCCUCAACGUGGAGGCUGACAUCGACAAGCUCCGCCGCGACCGCGAGCACAUCAGCGCCAUCCUCAAGGACGCCGAAGAGACCCGCUUCAUCGAGGACCAAACCGUCCGCGAAUGGCUCUCCGACCUCAAAGACUUCGCCUUUGACGUCGAGGACCUCGUCGACGAGUUCCAGAUCGGCCUCGAUAUCGCCAAGCUGGAGAAGGCUCGUCUCUCCCCUGGCUCCCGGAAAAGGAGGCGGCCGUGGGACAUUUUUCCUCCUUGUCUCACUUGGGUCUACCGUCAAAGGACGAUCUCGGUAAAGAUCAAGGAGAUCAAGGAAAAGUUUGAGGAGAUCAAGCAGCGCAGGAAUGAUUUCCAGUUAAGAGAGGGAGAAUCGAGGAGGAGACAACAAGACAGCACACAACAAACUCCUCAACAUACUGGCUCGCUUCGUGGCGACUAUCAAGUUUUGGGCUUGGAGGAGGAAAAAAAAGAGAUUUUGAUGCAUUUGAGGCAGGGCGGCGGUGUGAGUGGCGCCCCUAAUUCUUCCCAAAGAGAGGGGAGAAGUGUGCCUGUCGUUGCCAUCAUCGGACCAGGAGGAAUCGGGAAGACAACUCUGGCCAGGCUUGUCUUCAGCGACGAGGAAAUCGAAAGAUCUUCUUUUUUGAAGAUCUGGGUUGGUGUUUCGCGCGAUUUCGACGUGUGUAGGAUCACAAAAGAGAUCAUUAAAUCGAUCACCGAAAAGAGUUGCUGUGGUUUGAGCUUGGAUUUGCUGCAGCGUAAGCUUCGGGAGCUGGUCCUCGGAAAGAAGUUCUUGCUCGUGCUUGAUGGUUUGUGCAACAACGACCUUUCGUUCUGGGACACGUUGCAGGCUCCUCUGAUGGUCGGAGGCGAAGGUAGCAGAGUCCUGGUCACCGCCCGGAGUGAGCAGGUUCUGACAUACAUGCGCCCACGCCCUUCGUCCAUAAUAUGGUUGAAUGGGCUGGGUGAAAACGAUAGCUGGCUCCUGUUCUGCAGCUACGCAUUCCGACAAGCACCUACCGAUCAUGACGUUGGUAGAGAAAUUGUGAGAAGAUGCCAUGGUUCGCCCUUGGCAAUUAUCUCGAUCGGUGGCCUCUUGUACUCCAGAACUGAAGAGUGGAGGAGUAUCCUCAGCGACAUACCAGAUCCAGAAGACGAAGCGCAUGGCAUCUUGUCGACAUUAAAGGUAAGCUAUGACUAUUUGCCCUUGCAUCUGAAGCAGUGCUUUGCAUUCUGUUCCAUAUUUCCUAAUGGUUAUGAGUUCGACAAAGAGGAAUUGGUAGAGUUCUGGGUCGCAGUGGGCUUAGCCAAACCUAGGGACUGCAGAUCAGCAGAAUAUAUUGGGUAUAGGUACUUUGAUUCUCUGCUCCGAUGGUCAUUUUUCCAGGGUUGUAAUGGUCGUCACCACCAGAAACAGAAGUACAAAAUGCCUGGCCUAAUUCAUGAACUAGCACAAUCUGUUUCUGCACAUGAAUGUCUAAGAAUCGAGAAUGAUGCAUCAUUCAGUGAAUCUGAGAAUGCACGCUAUGCAUUGUCAUGUAACUUCCCCAUGGAGCUUCCAAUAUUUCAGAAGUUAUAUCAGAAUAAGAAACUUAGAACAUUUAUAUUGCUCGGUGAAAAUGGCACUCCCACAAAGCAGGUGCCGCGUGAUCUUUACACGAACCUAAGAUGUCUAAGGGUGUUAGAUUUGAGGAGAAAUGAGUUGACAGAAUUGCCAGAUUCGAUUGGAAAUCUUAUUCACCUGAGGUACCUUAACCUUUUAGGUACUCAAAUUGAGAGGUUGCCUGAAUCAUUGUGCAGCCUCUACAAUCUGCAACUGCUAGAACUUGGUGACUGUAAGAAGCUUGUGGAGCUACCCAGAGGCAUGAGCAACUUAAUUAAUCUACGAUAUCUGGGUCUGCGUCUAGAUUGGGAAAACUGUAGACAUAGAUGGAGUGAUGUUGUUAUGCCACCAGGACUUGGCAGAUUGACUUCUCUGCAUACUCUUUCAAGGUUCUCAGUUUCCUCGGAGAGCGGAUGCGGGAUAAGUGAACUGAAGGGCUUGAAACUUCGAGGAGAAAUUUGCAUCUCAAAGCUUGAAAUUGUUGAUGUGAGGGAUGCCAUGGAGGCCAGUUUAGGUACCAAACAACAUCUCGAAACUAUGAUUCUGCGAUGGACUAACUGCAGAAGCCCUGCUUCACAAAGUGGAGGUGGAAGGGAUGUGAUCGAACAGCUCUGCCCAAAUAGCAACCUCAAACACCUAUGGAUAGAAAAUUACAAAGGUGCUGAAUUCCCGAGCUGGCUUGGAGACCAGUCCAUGAAUUUGGAAACAUUAAGACUUUAUGGUUGUGAAAGAUCGGAGAGGCUCCCACCUGUAGGAAGGUUGAGGAAUCUCAAAUGUCUGUUCUUGGAAGGACUGCACACAGUCACAGACCUUGGUUCACUUUCUGGUGAUGGUAAUUUUGCAGGAUUUCCAUCAUUGGAGAUGAUCACCAUAUCAAAUUUGAAGACUCUUGAGAGGGGGUUUGAAUUAGUACAAGAUGAAAUGCCUUGCCUCAGAAAGCUGGUCAUAUCAGACUGCUCCAACUUACUACAACUUCCACAACUUCCAAACUCGCUUGAAGACAUUGAGAUUAGAGAAUGUCCAGCAUUAUCUGCUCUACCUAUGCUUUCGUCCCUUCAACAAUUGGUACUCGCAAAAUGUGGACUUGCAAUAAUUGAAUCGAUUCAUCAGUUCACCUCUCUUUCUUCUCUGACUAUUUCCCAAUUUCCACGACUUGGAUCUAUAACAAGAGAGCACCUUCAAGACCUAGGGUCCCUUAGGAAACUGAAGAUUGACCAGUGUGACAAUUUUGUUUCACUUUCUUCUCAGCAUCUUGUUUCUCUUGAAACUUUGGAAAUAUCUCAAUGUUGUACAUUUUCUUCCUUGGCUGGAGAGGGACUGCCAGCGUCACUCGAAGAUCUCCGACUACAAUCUUGUGGCAACCUCACAUAUUUUCCGGGGGAAGGAAUGCCUGCCUCACUGCAGCGCUUGGCCAUUGGUGGAUGCCCAACUCUAGAACAAAGAUGUCAAGUAGGUGGACGUGAUUGGCACAAGAUACAGCAUGUCCCCCGUAGAGAAAUUGGUGAGAACUCUACAGUCUAAGCUAGGAUUUGCGAAGGCCCCAGCACAAAAAUUAGGAAACUGAUAUGAAGAUAAGGAUAUUAGUAUCCCACCCAAGUGAUUGGAUAGGGAAGUGAGCACAUGCAAGCCCAUACCACUGUAAAUAUGGACGAUGGCCUAUGGACAUUUUAUAUGUAUAAAUUUUAAUCAUGUUAUAUUUGGGUUUUCUUUUGGUUAGAUGUUAUAAUUAUGUACAGGUGUCAAAAAUAUUGUGUACAUGAGAAACCUUGUCAUUUUAUUUAGUAAGAUAGCAUACUUACUAAAUAUCGAUAAUAAUAUUGUGUACACGAUUAUCUAUUUUAUGAUUAUCUAUUUUCCGUUGCAUUCAUAUCAAUAAUAAUAAUGAAAAUUUAAAAUGUGGUAUCAUACUUUAAUCAUGCAUAUAAGAUAUGGGUGAAACUAGGGGUAUAAUGUUACACUUUCUAUCUUAGGGCUUUGACAGAUCUAUCCUUUCAAAGUUUGGAAAUAAUAUAUUUGUUUCUUCAAAAUUUAAACUAUCAUACAUAUCCAUCUAAAUGUUUAGACCUUAUAUAUAAAUAUCUUUAAAUAUAUAGAUUCUUUAUGUGUGCCACUCCCGUUAGCAUGCUUCCAAUCAAGUCAUGGUGAGUGAGUAAUCUUUGUGGAUUGAAAGCACAUGCUAUUCAAUGGCACACUAUUAACCAUGGCUACUGGUCAAUUUUAAAAAUAUUAAAAUUUUAAAAAUACAUAACACAUGCUUUAAUAUAUGACAAGGAUAAAAUAAUAGACAAACAUUCUCUAUAAUUGAGAACUUAAAUUUAAAGGGACAAAUAGAAAAACUACUAAUUUUUAGGAAUAUAUGUAAUAUUUUUAGAGGCUGUUAAUGGCAUUUGGAGUUUCAACAUUGGUACACUAAUGGUGAAUAGUUGUAAAUUUCUUUGUGCAACUAUCCUGUCUAGGACUUCCCCAACAUUGGUACAAUAUAUGUAAUAUUUACGAAGGAUCAUAUUCAUUGAUGGACUCUCUCUUUUCCUUUUCAAAUUUUGAUAAUCAUAAUUCUUUACAUUGUCAUCCAUUCACGGUGUAAGAAGUUUUGAAUUGAUUAUGAUUUUUCAAUAUAUCAAGAAAUUUGACUGAGCAAAAUUGUUAUAUUGCAUGUCGUUGCAAUGAGAAAAAAAUUUGUUUAGAGCCACUCCAGAAGAUGCAUUCUGGUGGUGUUAUCAAUUUUUUGAACUUAGAUGAGAUUUAGCUCUGAUUCUUGGCAAAUAGAGGCACAUAAGUUUUGAAACGAUCAAUUACCUCGUAUUAUCACGAAGGAAACUCAUUUGUACUGUGUAUUUCUUGAGCUUUGUUUCGUUGUAUCAUGAAUUGGAAAGUCUUAGAAUGUAGUGCGACAUCUUUCAUCAUCUUUUGAGCAAAUUAGUCAAUGUACUGUGAGAGCUUCAUACAACUGACAGAAAAUAUGCAUUUGUGAGGUGCAUUUCAUAACAGGCAUAUGUGCAAUAAAGCUCUCGAAAGCAUCGUUUUUGUUUACUUGUCAAGCUAAAGUUGUGGUGAUAUACCUUCCGGCGUGUUCUUGUUUUGUCGUGCCAAAUACACACCCAUACCUUCAUUAGCCACUAUGCAUAUUUUGCAGAGAUUAUUGGCAUUGAGCAUGUCUUCAGUGGCCUAUAAUCAUUUUUACUAUCAUUGAUUAAACUUCUGACCCAGAUUGAAUUAGGCUGUUACAAGUUCAGGUUAGGCUUUUGGUUGAACUAAGUCUAUUGGUGGUCUUAAUGGAAAUUUUCUUGGACUUAAUAUUCGAUGGGUUUAGAGGCUGAAUUUCUAGUAAAAACUAGUUUGGAACUAUGUUUCUGGAUAUAAUUCGUUUGAUUGACUGACUUGAUUCAUUGGGAUGAUUACAUUGGAUGCGUUUGAAAGGAACAGAAAAAUGGUUAGGAGUUGAAUCGAGUCAACUUGGUCUUUUCUGAACUGUCCAAACUAUGCAAAUAUUCUUCACAGAAAUCAG